CACACAGCUCAGUGCGUCUCUUCACAGGUGCUUCUCUCCCAAUAUCACCAUCAUGGCAACCCAGGAUGGCGUAUCCACAGCGGGGGACAAGCUGCUGCAUCCACCUGAUCAGACUCGAGGCUCGACCAGGAACAGACAGGGCUCCCCAGGCCAUGUGAGGAAGCUGGGAAUGACCAGAAAAUUUAAAGACAGGAGGGACUUGAAGGAGGCAGAAAACCCUGAAGAAAAGGCAAAAAGACACAAGGAGCUAGAGUUGAAGCCCCUGUAUAAAGAGCUCCUAUACACUAUUGCUAACAAGCUGGGCAAGCCAGCCUCAGGAGAGAUCUUCACUGACAGCCAUCUUCAAAGUUACAUCAGAGAGGCCUUCUGCAUGACCGAGUCAGAACACAGGAGUCUGAUGGAGUGGGUCAAGAACACAGAGCCUCCUGUUUACUGUCUGAUGGCCACGUUGAAGGAGGCCAAAGGCAUCCUGGGAAAAGACAUAAGUGGCUUCAGUGACCCGUACUGCCUGCUGACGGUGCUGGAGGAUGAGAAGGAGAGCCGAGCACGUCGCUCCAGACCCAAGCCCCGCAAGGCUGUGGUGCAGGAUGCCGCCGCGGGCGAGAGAGUCUACCAGACGGAGAUCAAGAAGCAGACCCUCAACCCCAUCUGGAACCAGACCUUCGUACUGGAGUUCGAGGACAUGGCCGGGGCCAGCUUCCACAUGGAGAUGUGGGACAAGGAUGAGGAAAUUUCCCUUGCUCAGAAACUAGAGGAGAUCAGAACCAACUUUCAUGGACUGAGGAGGAUGCUCAAGGAUGCCACAAAGGAGAAGGGCCAGGACGACUUUCUUGGCAACGUUGUGCUCAGGCUACAGGAGCUGCACUGCUCGGAGGACGCCUGGUACGACCUCCAGCCGAGGACGGAGACGUACCCUGACCGAGGCCAGUGUCACCUGCAGCUCAAGUUCAUCCACAGAGAGAGAGACGAGACCUUGAGCCCAGGCCGCAGCCCCUACAUCAACUACUGUGGCAUUCUGCAACAGUUCGUCCAGUCACACAUCGCUAAGCAACUGGGCAGUGGGACAUGGAAGGGGGAGUUAUGUGGGGAAGGACAGACUCUGCUAGAGCUCUACGCCACUCAGAAUGACCUUUCACCUUUCCUUCAGGACUUGGCAAAGUGGGUAUCCUACAGUAAGCUGUACCAGAGUCUGGAGGUGGACUCCUCAGUGAUGUUCCAGCAGCUCACCAGCAUUGAGUACCACUGGCACCAACAGGAACUCCCCUACCAACAGAAACAGGAGCUAGGAGACUCCCUCCACAGCUUCCUCCAGUACGGCCUCUGUCUGGUGGCCAAGUACCGAGACAUCUUCCCCCCGACUCCGAAGGCCACGCCCCGCCUCCACACGCUGCUCAGGAUCCUGGCUCAGAUCUGUAAGACCAAGGCGUUCCAGCAGCUGAACCCGGCCCAGUUUGACCUGCAGGUGGAGGUCAGCGACGCGGUCCAGUCCGGCACACAGGAGUGGUUUGCCAUCCAGAAGGGCUUGCACCAGCCCAUGACUAAGGACCUGUCAGAGACUGUGAGCGCCCUCUCCAGGCUGAUUAGGGAAGUGCAGGAAGACAUCUCAAACAACAAGGACACUUGGAACCGAGUGUUUGUCAGUGCUGUCCAGCUGGAUGCCUUUACUGUUGUCUAUCAAAAGCAGGACUCUCUGCUAGCUGGAGAGGUGCGGGAGACCUUGUCUCUUGUGGAAGAUCACAUGGACCAGUCUCUAGCCAACAACCUGUUUCCUAUCUACCUGAGCCUGCAGGUCAUCCACAAAGACAAGGCCUACCUGCAGAAGAGGGGUAAAUUACUGGAGCUGACCAACUUCCAUGAAGGGUUCCGUGAGGCCCUUCCCUAUUGGUUGAACAAGGCCUUCAGCACCACCCAGACCAGGGUGGAGAAAGCUGUCCAGGUGGACCAGCUCCAGCCCCUGCAGUCGGGCACCGUGCCGAUCAAGCACAGCUCGUCCGCGGUGGACCUGGUGGCGUGUGUCCAGCCCGUCUGCCAGCUGUGGGAGCAGCUGUCCUGGCCCGACCCCGAGGAGGCCUUCAUGCUCAUGGUCAAACUCACCGAGGAUGUGUGUAAGAUCGUGGUGACCUACUGUAGCAUCCUGAAGGAACGGGUCAGGAAGCUGUCUGAGAACUCAGACCAUGGCAGUGCCAUCAACAUGCUGUGUGUAGUGGUCAACGACCUGGAGCACCUGCGCUCGGUCCUCACCCGCCUGCCGGCGCAGCUCAACUGGGAUGGGCUUCGCGAGCGCACGCGUCACGUGAUCAAGGAGGUCCAGUUUCACAACACGCUGCCGUCGCAGCUGCAGCACGCCCAGGGGGUUCUGAACCGGGAGAUCCGCUCCGCCGUGGACACCCUGGGCCGCAGGCUCAACACCGACAUCGAGACGCACGUACGCAGCAUGUCCAGCAGGGGGAGACUCCCCUCCAAGUCCACCGAAGAUGCUGUGGUUCCUCUGAUGCGGUACCUGGAGAAGGAGCUUCAGUACAUGCAUGAGAACCUGGUCCAGGAGAACUUCAACAGCCUGCUAACUCCUCUGUGGACUAACUCAGUGAAGUGCCUACACCAGGUGGCCACCCAGUACGAGAACAGAGAGGGCCUCAUGGUCUUCUGUCAGAGGCUGCUGUACACACUCCAGUGUCUAGAACAGUGUUUCCAUGCCGAGGGCAACGGGCUGCCUCUGGACAUCCUUCACACAGAUGACUACAAGGUUCUGAAGGCCUACCUGACGCACAACUCUCUCAGCAGCCAGCAGCUCAUAGAGAAGUUUCUGGAAAGGAAGGUCUGGGAACAGAACGUGUACUGCGGUGACAAGUACGGAGCCGUCACCCUGCUGGCGUCCUACAGGAGGUCAGACCAGAGGCUGCGUGUGGAGGUCCUCAACGCCAGCAACCUGCUGCCCAUGGACUCCAACGGUUCCAGUGACCCGUUCGUGGAGCUGUGUCUGCAGCCGCGUCACACCUUCCCUGAGGUGGAGCCCCGCCGCACCGCCAUCAAGAACUGCGACCUCAACCCACUGUUCGACGAGGCCUUCGAGUUCCUGGUGUCCCUGGAGCAGUGUCAGUCCCCCGGAGCGAGCCUUGUGGUGACGGUGUUGGACCACGACACUCUGAGAACGGACGACUUCGAGGGCGAGGCCUUCCUGGCGCUCAAGGCCGUGCCGGGGGUGGGGGGCGGGGCGGGGGGGGACGCGGCGGACGCCACCCCUGCCAGGAUCCACCUGAAACUGAUCCACCCCAAACCCAACGAUGACAGUAUCCUGCGGCUGUUGGAGUCAAGGAGAGGAGAGAAGGACGUCCAGGUGUUUGCGAAGAAGCGUCGCCAACGAGAGAAGCAGUCUCAGGAGGAGAGGGCCCAGGAGUGACGCACAGGAGGAGAGGGCCCAGGAGUGACGCACACGCUUUCUUUCAAAAAUAUACAUUUGUUUUAAUUGCUCUAUUCCAAAACCGAGAGGAAAAGACACUGUAUGUAACUCUGGGGUUUUGGGGUGGUGUAGUCUGUGUGCUCAGGGAGAGGACGGGAGAGUCACAGUGAUAGAUCAUGAAACACUCUCCUCAAGUCUCGUACACACACACACAUACACACACACACCAUCUGAGAAGAAACUUAAGCCCCAAACUCACAGGCACUUGGAUAGAUCAGAGACGUGAUUGGAUAAGGGGUUGUGACGGAUUAUAGAAUAGUGCCUUCUGAUAGGCCGGGUCCAUUUUUGGUCAAGUUGCUCACACCAAUCAGAUUCUGAGAUCUACGCCAGUGUCUGUAGUGGGCGGGGACUCGUGAGGGGCUUGUUGGGUAUCCAUGGAUACACAGAAAUGCACACACCUCCUAUUUACCUGUCUCCUGAUACCUAGUCCAAUCAGGGUCUGAGAAAGGUAUGACAGCACAGAGCAAUGUAAAAUUAAGACAACCUAUGAAACAAGGUGACAUAUAAAAUGACAACAAAAAGAAAUUGUAUGUAAAAAAUAAAAA